AAAAUGUAGUUUAAAAUAUUAAUGGUAAAUUUAAAAUACAUUCAAAAUGCAAUUUGUCACACUAGAUCAUACCCAUCUUUAGAAAAAAAAAAGUUAAUUAAGUAGAAAUAGAUAGUGGAAAUGACACUGUGUAUUUUAAAAUAUAAAUGAAAAUUUAGGAUAAUCCAAGCAAUGUUUAUGUGGCUAUAAAGUAUAUUCCUUACUACCUUAUGCAUAGUAAAGGUUACUGAUAGAAUUAACUGACAACAGUUACUUUUAAAACAAGAAUAAUAUUAAGAGCGAUUGAAAGGUUAUAUUUAAUUUAAUGGACAAUAGGCAAUGUAAGCAUAUAUAUUUUGCUGUAAAUUGACUGGCAGAUGUUUUUCAGUAAAGGAAACGAUCCCACGUGUGCUUUCUCUAUAUCACUACUUUGAUUUAGUCCAUCAUUAACAAUACUUUUUCUGGGAUUUCAUCUCAGGGUGAAAACUGAGAUAAAUUUUAUGUGUAUAAUACUGUAAGCUAUAAUAAAUAUAACUGUAAGCUUUGUAAUCUUGUUUUAAAAACUGUAGUUGUAUUACGAUAAAACAUUAAUAAACUAUGUUAAAUAUUGUUUUCUCAACAUUCUAUUAGCAAAAUAGAAUAUGGAUAUAACCCUCUCGAGCAAAUAACCCUUUUCCUUCCUUUGUAAUGAUCCGGUAUUUCUCAAGUGUGUACUGCAUAAAGUAAAAAUAUAUAUUGACAUAUGAAUUAAUUCAGUUGUACAUAAAAUCACCUCUGAUUUCUUAACUAAUUUUUUUAAAGGAUUAAAACAUAACCGCUGUACGCCAUAAAAGGAUCCGAUCCGAACAAGUAUGGCUGGAGUAGCGCGUGCGCGCGCUAUUACCAGCUCAUGAGGAGAGCCAGUAGGCACAUGACGGUAGAAAGUCUGACGUGGUAGGAGUUAAGAGAAUGAGGUGAAGGCGAGCAAGAUGCCGCAAGCCUAGGAAUUAGGCCAGACAAGAAGACGCCCCGCUGACGGAGCAGUACAAGGUAAAGCAAUCAUGAGUUUUUAUGAUAAGCUAUUGUGAGAAUAUACUAAAUGACAGAACGAGUUUGUAGGAAUACAAACUCUCAAAAGCAUACAUUUGCAGACAUAGAGUUACAGUGAGAAAAGUGCAGUUUGCAUGAUCAGAUAUCAUAUAAAAGUUUCGAUGAAAUAAUGAAAAAAAGUAUUCAUAAAAGCUAUACACAAUAUAUACAACUAUAUACAGGAAUAUUCUACAUUAUGUAGGAAAGUUCAGAUCUCUGGCUAGGUGGGCUGCCAGCGGUCGUAACUCUUUGUCUUCCAGUAGUGGAAUGUAGUCAAAUACAUGUAAUUUUGACAUGUGAGGGCAUGUAACUGCUUUCUGGAAAAAGCUGGAGUUUAAGCGAUGAAGAUGCUCUAUUACAAUUUCAAUUUUCAAAUCCUUGUGUAAAGUCCUAUCAGAUACGAAACAAUGCGCAUUCGUGAAGGUGCGCAGCAACUUGUUCUGUGUAAUUUGUAAUUUAGACAUGUCCCUGUCUCUAACUGAUGCCCACGCAGGAGAAGCAUACGUGAAGAUUGGCGCGCCAUAAAAGGUUUUUUAUUACAACGGCUCGAGAAGCUUUACUACCACGUGACAAAACAAAUGACGUCGAAAGCUCUAUGUUACGUCUAUAUUCUUCUAACCAAUAGCAGCGAAGCAGCUAUCACAGCAGGAGGUACAGCGAGUACGUUUUAGGAACAUGCGAGCGCACCUUCCACGUUUCCGAAAUAUCAGCAGAUUAGCGCUAUUCUAACCUGAUUUCUUCCGUAAACAUAGUUUUUAUAUGUAAAGCAAUAUGCAUUACCUUUUUGUGGUACGUGCGAAGCCUAGUGAAAACUUUAGAAACUAAUCUAACAAAUAAUAUGCUGUGAUAUUUUAUUAAAUAGUAAAUUCUUUUCGAAUUUAUUCUCAUUAUAUCAUAAACCAUUUUAGAGCUAAGUGAUAAUAUUUAAAAAGUCUAUUUAUGAGAAGCAUUCCUUUAUUUACAGAGUUAACUGAUGAGUGAUACCAAAAGACUAUAUAAAGAAUUUUAUGUAUGUGAAGUUUAUUACAAAUUUUUGUGUAAGCUAGAGAGACAUGUUUGCACAUACAGAAGAGAAACAUCAUGCAACUGAUACGGAUACUAACCUGUCAGCCCCAAAAUCUCCAUUACAAGCACAUCUGCUUACCUACAGUAGGGAUGUGUCUAAUGUGUGUAAUGUAUGUAACCACUCGUUUACGAGAAAAAUUCACUUAGUGUCACAUAUGGCUAUCCAUACAGGAGAAAAACCUUAUACUUGUGAUGUAUGUGGCAGGUCAUUUACACAUAAGAAGAAUUUAGUAAAUCAUAUGCUUACCCAUACAGGAGAGAAACUUCACGUAUGUGGUACUUGUAACAAGUCUUUCUCAAGGAAACAGGUUUUAAUGGCACAUCUGCGUAUCCACACUGGAGAGAAGCCUUAUGCCUGUACAGUUUGUAAUAAAUCAUUUACGCAAAGAUCUGAUUUACAAUCACAUUUGCGAAUUCACACAGGAGAGAAGCCUUAUGUAUGUGAUAUGUGUAACAAGUCAUAUCGACAAAAGCAAGCAUUAACAGAGCACUUGCGUAAUCAUACAGGAGAGAAACCUCAUGUAUGCGAUGUGUGUAAUAGCUUAUUUACGAGAAAGCAACGUCUAAUAGCACAUAUGCGGAUUCACACAGGGGAUAGACCUUUUGUAUGUGAUGUAUGUAGCAAGUCAUUUCUUCAAAAACAUGAUUUAGUGGUGCAUACACGUAUCCAUACGGGAGAGAAACCCUAUCUUUGUGAUAUAUGUAGCCAAUCAUUCAGACGAAGGCAACAUUUAAAAGACCAUAAGCGUAUCCAUACUGGAGAAAAACCAUAUGUAUGCAAGAUUUGUAACAUCUCAUUUUCAAGAACACAUGAUUUAAAGGUGCAUCAACGUAUUCACACAGGAGAAGAACCUUAUGUAUGUAAUAUAUGUAACAAAUCUUUCAACUAUAGGUGUAAUUUAAUGACACAUUUGCAGAUCCAUACAAAGCAUUAGCUUUAUGCAUAAAACAAACUAUUUGUAAGUUUUUUUUUAUACCACUGGGUAUUCACACCAAUGAAAAGCCUUUGCAGAUACAUGCAACAGUUUGUUAUUGAAAGACAAGAAGGCAGAUUUUCUACUUUCAGUUGUGUUAAAAAUAUUACAGAAAUCUUAACAUGUACAUAGGUUACUUGUUGGUGCAUAGGCUACCAAGUUGCCAAAGCUGCAACCAUUUGGUCAUUUGCAUAAAGACUUGUUGAUGGAAAAUGACAGUGCUGCUGUAUGAAGUUUUUCAUUUUUUUUAAUUACUUUAUGUUUCUGGUUUAUGGAUUGAGUUUUAAGGAGGAAAUGCUUUGUUACUUUUUUAUUAUCUCCAAACCCACUGAAAGUCACAAGAAAGUACUGAUGAAGCAAUGCAUCAUGUCAUUAUAAAGUAUUUAUGUAAUAAUAGCCUAUAUAUAUGGCUUACAUGCCUGUAGAAGGCUUUUCAAUUUUGUGGAUAUUUUUGCUGGUGUGACUGCAGAUUAUGAAUGGUCUAAUGGGAAUUUAAUCUCUGGUGAAAUUUUUUAUAUGUUUUUCUCCAUGCAUAGAGCAUAAUGUGACUCGCAUAAAGUCAUCAUGCUCAUUCUUUUUUCCUUCUCAUUUUAGGGUUUUAGUGCUAAGUUUGUGUAGUUUACUUCCCUCUUCCAGCAAAUACAGAUUGCUGUAAACAUGGACAGCAAAAUAAUGCAAUGCAGAAAGGUAGGAAGUGUACGUAUCUUCUAUGGGAAAUUAAGAAUGUAAUAAAAUAGGCGGCACUGGAUGCAUCGUUGAAAUAGAUAUAAAGAUACCCAAACAAAUAUUUCUCUCCAUUUAGGAGACAAGCCUUAUUUAUUUAUUUAUGUUAUGCUUGUAGCAAGUCAUUAACACAAAAGUAGCAUUUAUUAGGGGCAUAUACAUUUUCACACAGGAAAACCUUUUAUAUGUUUUACUAUCACUGCACAACCUUAUGUAUGUGCUUCUCCUCGCUCUUUGCUCAUGUGUGUGAUAUAUGGAACAAAUUAUUUACAUAAAAGAAGGGUUUAGUUAACAAAUAUACAUAUUCACACCGGAGAGAUGUCCAAAAUUGUUCAUGCGAUGGCAAAAUUUAAUAACGCAAAUCCUUAUUUAACGUACUUAUUUAACAAGACAAACUUAUUGUAUGCAAUAGAUGCAACAAACCAAUCAGCUAGAAGCAGGAUUUGUAGUAUAUUCACACUAAACAUAAGCUUCUUUAAUAUAUUGUAUAAAUCAAGCAUUGUUGUACAGUUUCUGUCAUGAAAGAGAUAGGUUUCUGUUAAGGAAUUUUUAAGUGAACUGUCUGAUGUAAUAGUGAGAUAAGCCUUAUCUAGAGAGUUUUAAUUACUGGAAAUAAAACUUGAAAUCAGCAACAAAUGUUCUAUAGCUCUGUUUAUUGAGAAACACCAUGUAUGUGGUAAAUACGUCAAGUUUUUCACACACAUAAAAAACAGCUCUUAGUAGUAGAUAUGAUGUUCAGUUAUGAGAAGUAUCACAUAUGAGAUAUGAAAAAUACAAUAUGUGAAAACAAAAUUGUUAAUUAUGACUCUAUUUCUAUGUUCUUGUAGAAGAGAGACUUGAUACUUGUAUAUGUUGCAUUUGAUGCUCAUCACAAUGAUCUCUUUCAUGCUGAAUUAAAAUGGGAAAAUCAAUAAAAUUGCUUAUCAGGUGUAA